CGGAAUUCGCCAUCCAGACCUCGACCUACUUCAAGUUAGCAAGUUAAAAGGGAAAUUGAUACCACAGCAUAGAAAGAGACAUCAUCGUCACAGUCAUCAGCUAGACGUGUAACAAUCAUAAUCUCGUCCUAUCAAGAGAUUCGCCGAAGCACCACCGCGAUCACCCCUCACACGGACUCCAUCCGGUUCGCCCAGAUUACGUCGUCGCCCGACCUGGAUCAGACCUUUCGACAUGAAGUUUGAUCGCGAGGCCAGGAUCAUCACCUUGUUGGUGAUCGAUACCAUCUUCUUCUUUGUCGAGAUCACCUCGGGAUAUGCCGUCGGUAGUCUGGCAUUGAUCUCGGAUGCAUUCCAUAUGCUGAACGAUGUCAUGUCUCUGGUCGUCGCCCUGUAUGCCGUCAAACUUGCAACCAAGCCUUCAUCGGCCAAAAACUCUUACGGAUGGCAACGAUCCGAAGUCCUCGGAGCGCUCGUCAACGGUGUCUUCUUGCUCGCCCUGUGUUUCUCGAUCUUCAUGGAAGCCAUCGAAAGGUUCUUCAACGUCAGCGAGAUCUCGAACCCCAAGUUGGUCGUCAUUGUCGGAUCUUUGGGAUUGGCCAGUAACAUCAUCGGACUGUUCUUGUUCCACGAGCAUGGACACGGAGGACACUCUCACGGUCACUCUCACGACCAUCCUCCUAGUACCGUUGAGGCUCCCAUUGACCGUUCGCCAUCGCCCAAUGGUACCAAGGCGCUCCCUCGAUCCUCUUCCAUUCCUUCUCGUCCCGCCCACGGUCGUGGUCGAUCCGACUCGUUUGGCUCGCUUUACGGACACCCCGCUCAGACCCGUGCCGCCGUCAUCGAGGCCGCUCACGAGUACGGAUAUGGUCGACCAUCGGGCAACGGAUCUAUCAGCUUGGGCGGUUCAGCGUUCAGCCCUCGUGAUGAAGCCGGUGCGGGUCCCUUGAGCCCGAACUCUGUGGGACCUACGAACGGUGGAAUCAACUCGUUCUCUCAUCACGCUAGGACCAAGAGCAACAAGACCCCUGUCGGUCGAACCGAGAGGAUCACCGAGGAAGCCGCCGAUCACGAUCAUUCCGCUCAUGCAGGACACGAUCACUCUCAUGACGAACAUGAUCACGACCACGCACAGGCUGGAGCUGGGAAACACGCGCAUGACCAUGACGAGGCCGAGGCGGGUCAUGCUCAUGGGGAUGACGAUCACGGUCACUCUCAUGGUGCCGGUGGUGGCCAUGGUGGACACGGGCACUCGCACGGAAACAUGAACAUGCGAGGAGUUUUCUUGCAUGUUCUCGGGGAUGCCCUUGGUAAUGUCGGAGUCAUCGCUGCCGGUCUCGUCAUCAUGUUCGCCGAAGGACACUGGAAGUACUACUUUGACCCUGCCAUCUCGCUCUUGAUUACUUGCAUCAUCUUCUCCAGCGCUCUUCCUCUCGUCAAGAGCGCUAGUUACAUCCUGUUGCAAGGAGUCCCCUCGCACAUCUCGCUCGAAGCCGUCCGAGACGCUAUCAAGUCUUGUCACGGUGUCGUCUCUCUCCACGAGCUUCACAUCUGGCAAUUGUCCGAACGAUCGGUCGUUGCUUCGGUCCACGUCAUGGUCAGCCGGGAUGUCGACUACAUGUCGGUCGCCGAUCAGAUCAGAAAGGUCUUGCACGAGUUUGGCGUACACAGCAGUACCAUCCAGCCCGAGUUUGGUAACGACGAUGACGAGCUCGCCGAGGAGCGGGCCUGUCUCAUCGGAUGUCCACCCGAAGCUUGCGGAGCCGAGGCUUGUUGCCCUCCCGGCGUCGAGCAGCUCGUAGACGUUGACGGCCAAGAGACUGCAGUCGCUUCCAACUCGUCCUGAUCGUCAACAAUAACGACCUACCACGCCGGCAUUGUCGGACGUGCGAAGUCCAAUAACAGCAAUAGAAAGGAUGCCGCAUGGGCGGGUCCAUCUUUGCGACGUGUAAUAUCUGAGCAUAAUAAUAGGAGUAAAUACAUCAAACAGACCUGAGACCAGUGCGGGUAUUCGGAUGUCUGGAUCGCAUCGGUCUACCCAUUCAGAGUGAUACCCCUGGCUCAUCAUGGUGUACAGAUGAACGCCAGAUGUGACGAGACAGGAGGGGUGUGUGUUGGGGUCGCUUUGUAGACAGGUAGGUUCCCCCUUUCAAGUUCC